AUGGCCCGUCAACGACAAGGACCCUCUGGUCUCGAGAAGGAGUUUCUUUCGAUUGCUGAACAUCCUGUUAUUCAGCCUGUCGACUCUUUGGACUUUCCAAAAAUGGCCAUCAUUCGUAGUCUGAAAGCUGCGGCUUUGAUCGUGCUUGUCUCAAGCCAAACUCAGCUUGCAAUUGCCGCGCCAGCGACUGCCAAGUUUGCCAGAAGAAAUACGACGGAUCUCCUUGACUCUUACGACUACGUGAUUGUAGGCGGAGGCUUGAGUGGCCUGGUUGUUGCCAACAGACUUACCGAAGACCCAGAGGUAACCGUCUUGGUUGUCGAAUACGGAGAUUUUGAUGUCUCUUGGGACGUAGCUAUCCCCUACUACGCUUCUAAUCUACACCCCAACGAUUUGAUUCAAUUCUUGUCUAUCCCACAAUCCGGCUUGAAUAACAGAACCUCCGGCGUUCAGACUGGAACAGUAGUUGGAGGCGGGUCCACCGUCAAUGGCAUGGCCUUUGAUCGCGGCUCGAAAGCCGACUACGAUGCAUGGGAGGAGCUAGGAAACCCGGGGUGGAACUGGGAAAGCCUCUUCCACUAUUUCAAGAAGUCAUCUACAUUCACUCUUCCCGCGCCCGAAUACGUCGAGAAGUACAACUUCAGUUACGACCCCAGCACCUAUGGCGAUGGUCCUCUCCAGGCCGGCUUCCCCUCAUGGCAAUGGCCCGACAGAGAUCUUCAAAGAAAGGCAUGGAUUGAGGACAUUGGUGUGCCUGUACUCGAUGACCAUGGUGCUGGUGGGAACAACGUUGGCCUUGCUCAACUCCCUCAAAAUCACGACCCAAUGAACGUUACUCGGUCGACCUCACGAACAGCAUACUAUGAGCCUAUCGCCGAAACUCGCAAGAACCUCAACCUCCUUGUUAAGCACUAUGCUUCGAAGAUCGAGUUCGAGGACAAGAAAGCUGUCGGUGUCAACGUGAUAUCACGCGAAACUAACGCCACCACAUUUGUGAAGGCGAAGAAGGAGGUCAUACUUGCUGCCGGCGGCGUUCAGACGCCAAGAAUUCUGCUCCAAAGCGGCAUCGGUCCCGCUGGGAUGCUGGAGUCUCUCAAUGUCGAUGUAGUCGCCAAUGUCCCUGGUGUUGGUAGCAACUACCAGGACCACGCAUGGAUGUUGAUGUUGUACACGUACGGUAACCCUCCCGAGCUCGGGAGCGAGGCCAUGAACGAUCCGGCAUUCUUCAACGCAUCUGAGGCUGAAUACUUUGCCAAUCGAACUGGGCCAUUCACUCACGCUCGUGGAAACAACAUCAUCUUCAGAUCUCUCCAAGAUCUUACACCAGAAUACGAGGUCCUGUCCGCGUCUGUCGAAGCUCAAAACGCGCUUGAUUUCCUUCCGGAGAUCUACUCAGAGCAUCCCGAGCUUCUUGAGGGCUUCCUCGCUCAGCGUGAGGCUCUCGCCAAGCUUUUCCGGAACCCAGAGGCAGGCGUAUUGGAAAUCCCUUUUGGGGGCUUCUCUGGUGGUGCCAUUGCUUUCCAGAAGCCUCUGUCUCGUGGAACCAUCAAGAUCAGCUCAACCAACCCUGACCCUGCCAACCCGCCCAUCAUUGACUUUGGCACACUCCAAAACCCCAUUGAUCUCGAUAUCGCGGUUCUCAGUGUCAAGGAUUUCCGCAAGGUCUGGGAUACUCCAACUUUGGCGAUUAGGGAGGCUGUUGAGAUCUCUCCUGGUAGCAACGUUACAUCUGAUGAGGCCAUCGCCGAAGCUGUUAGGAACUCACUUUUUGCCAGCUUUGCGCACCCCAGUGGAACAGCGAGUUUGCAACCAUUGGAGCAUGGUGGCGUUGUGGACCCCCAACUUCGUGUCUACGGCGUCCAGGGGCUGAGAGUGAUUGAUGCCAGUAUCAUUCCGUUGAUUCCAGCCUGCCAUCUGCAGGCAACUAUGUAUGCCGUAGCUGAGAAGGCUGCCGACAUACUGAAGGAGACCUAG